CGUCACUGUCUACAACGACGGGUAAGCCCCAUUGCUCCUGCUAUUCCCUGCUCGUGGGCCGCGCGCCCCAUCUACUCAUUAUUUUCUCGCACUGAUUAACUGCUACGCUCGCCAUGUGGCGUAUUGUUUCAACGGCGUCGCGACCAACGUCGGCGGGUCUACUCGGAAUGGUCGUGGGGUCGUCAUCCUCACCGUCCAGCAGCCGUAGGAAUAUCUCGUCGACAUCUGCACGACAUGCAGAUAUAACUCUAACCGUGGAUGGGAAGGAAGUGACGGUACCACAGGGCUCUGCUCUUAUUCAAGCAUGUGAGGCUGCUGGUGCUGCUAUACCUCGAUUCUGCUACCACGACCGGCUCGCCAUUGCCGGGAACUGUCGAAUGUGUUUAGUGGAGGUCGAGCGGUCACCAAAGGCUGUUGCAUCAUGUGCGAUGCCAGCUAUGCCAGGUGCCAAAGUGCACACCAACACACCCAUGGUCCAUGCUGCUCGGGAAGGCGUCAUGGAAUUCCUUCUCUCCAACCAUCCUCUUGAUUGCCCUAUUUGUGACCAAGGUGGUGAAUGUGACCUCCAAGACCAAUCUAUGCGCUAUGGUUCCGACCGUACACGUUUCCACGAGAUAGCUGGCAAGCGUGCGGUGGAGAACAAGGACCUUGGACCUCUUGUCAAGACAUCCAUGAAUCGUUGUAUCCAAUGUACGCGUUGUGUCCGCUUCGCUAACGAAGUCGCGGGUGUCGAGGAGCUGGGCACGACGGGUCGGGGCAAUGACUUGCAGAUUGGUAUGUACGUGGAGAAGACGAUGAAUUCGGAGCUGUCUGGGAACAUUAUCGACCUCUGUCCCGUCGGAGCCCUAACAAGCAAACCGUACGCCUUCAACGCCCGACCUUGGGAGCUGAAGAAUACCGAAUCGAUUGAUGUCAUGGAUGCUGUAGGGUCUAACAUUCGUGUUGACUCGAGAGGUGUUCAGGUCAUGCGAAUCCAACCUAAAACCAAUGACGACGUUAACGAGGAGUGGAUCAGUGACAAGACGCGCUAUUCUUACGAUGGACUCAAGUAUCAACGGUUGACAGUUCCUCUCAUCAAAAAUGGCGAUCGGUUUGUACCGGCUUCAUGGGAGGAUGCUCUUACUUCAAUCGCGAAUGGGCUUGCAGCGUCUGGUGCCACGGAGAACGAGAUACAAGCCGUCGUGGGCCAUCUUGCUGAUACGGAGUCCAUGGUAGCCUUGAAGGAUUUGGUCAACCGGUUAGGAUCGGAUAACCUUGUCCUUGAUCAGCAAGGAGGUUCGUCUGCUCCGACUCAUGGCGUCGACGUUCGUUCAAAUUACCUCUUCAACUCCACUAUUCCCGGUGUUGAGGAAGCUGAUGUGAUUCUCCUUGUUGGUACCAACCCUCGACAUGAAGCGGCCGUCCUGAACUCUCGGAUUCGGAAGUCAUGGUUGCACAGCGGAUUGGAAGUUGGUUUCAUCGGCGAACGUGCAGAUACGACAUAUGGUUACGAGUAUCUCGGUGCUGACGCGAAAGCUCUGAGUACCUUCGUUUCAGGCAAGAGCGCCUUUGCCAAGAAAUUCGCGCAGGCGAAGAAGCCCCUUAUCAUUGUUGGAAGUUCGGUUGUCGAGCAUCCCGACUCUGCUGCUUCUUACAACGCUUUGGUGAAAUUCGUGGAGAGCAACAAGAAAACGCUUCUGACACCAGAAUGGAAUGGCUUCAGUGUUCUCCAACGUGUUGCUUCGCGGCCUGCUGCGUAUGAUAUUGGUUUCGUCCCUUCGAAGAAGGCUUCAUCCACGAAACCUAAAUUCAUCUACCUGCUGAAUGCCGACGAGGUUGACCCCAAAUCCAUUCCACAAGAUGCGUUUGUUGUUUACCAAGGCCAUCACGGUGAUCUUGGUGCUCAACUCGCAGACGUUUGCUUGCCUGCCACUGCAUACACCGAAAAGUCGUCGACAUGGAUCAACACUGAAGGCAGAUCACAGCUUGGCCGUGCAGCAGUGUCUGCUCCUGGUGCUGCUCGGGAAGACUGGAAGAUUAUACGAGCUCUUUCGGAAGUCCUUGGAUCACCGCUACCGUACGAUGAUGUGUUGUCACUGCGGGAUCGCAUGUGGGAGAUCUCACCCACGCUUGUGCGGUACGACGUCACGGAACCGACAUCCGUUGGUAUUGCUAGCGUCGGAUUGAGGGCGCUAGCUGCCAAGACUGCGGGUGCCAAGAUUUCGGGCGCACCAUACGUGAAACCCAUCAGCAACUUCUACCAGACGGAUCCGAUAUCGAGAAACUCGGUGACGAUGGCGCAAUGUACUCGGGCCUUUGUGAAUGGUGAAGAAUUUGGUGCUAGUGUUGGGCAGGAGCCGGCAGCAGCUUUUGCAUGACGAACAUGUAACUAGAAACGGAAACCUCAAAAAGCAUCUAUUUUUAUUAUAUCAACUUUG